AUGACCGAUCUCGCAAAAUUCUACUACGAUCCUGCAUAUUAUGCGGGAUACUCUACGAUAAAAAAUCUUUCGCGAGCAGCAGGACCCGGCUCCGCACGCGAAGAGAUUAUUCGUUGGCUUCAGUCGCAGGAUGCGUACACACUUCAUCGGCCGAUACGAUAUAAAUUUCCACGUUUGCAUUACAACGUCACGAAUAUCGACGAUCUGUGGGAGGUCGAUUUAAUCGAACUCGCUAAUCUCCGAAAUUACAACGAAGGCUAUUGUUACUUGUUGACAAUCAUCGAUGUGUUUAGCAAAUUUGUCUGGGUAGAACCAAUACGAAGCAAGUCUUCGACCAGUGUGACGGAGGCUUUUCGCCGCGUACUCUCAAGAAACGAAGGGCGGAUGCCGACGUGGUUGCAGAGUGACAAGGGUAAAGAAUUCAUCGGUCAAGCAUUUCAAAAUUUUCUGAAAGAAAAGAACAUAUGUUUUCGCACGGUGCGAAAUCCUGAUGUCAAAGCAGCGGUGGUCGAGCGCUUCAACAGAAUGCUCAAAGAACGCUUAUGGCGCUAUUUUACACACAAAAAUACACGUCGUUACAUAGAUGUUUUGCAAGGCAUCGUUCACGCUUACAACCACACUCGACAUUCCACCAUUAAAAUGGAACCGGCAAGCGUCACGUUGGACAACGCACGCCUUGCUCGUGAACAUAUGCAGCAGCGAUACCACCGUCUCGAUGAACUCGAAGAAAUCAUAGUCGAGGAGCUAAAUACAAAGUGGGUACAUUAG